CAUCUUCUCCAUCAAAUCACUCUCGAAUCCUCAGAUCCUUAACGCAAAUCUCAUAACACACUCUCUCUUGUUUCUCAUCUACCAAAAUGGCUCGUACAAAGCAGACGGCAAGGAAAUCCACCGGAGGAAAAGCACCAAGGAAGCAACUGGCGACAAAAGCGGCGAGGAAAUCAGCACCGGCGACCGGAGGAGUGAAGAAGCCACACAGAUUCCGUCCCGGAACAGUCGCGCUAAGAGAAAUCAGGAAGUACCAGAAGAGCACUGAGCUUCUGAUCCGCAAACUUCCGUUCCAGCGUCUGGUUCGUGAGAUCGCUCAGGAUUUCAAAACGGAUCUGCGUUUCCAGAGCAGCGCCGUCGCGGCUCUCCAGGAAGCGGCUGAGGCUUAUCUCGUUGGUUUGUUUGAAGACACUAACCUCUGCGCGAUUCACGCUAAGAGAGUUACUAUCAUGCCUAAGGAUAUCCAGCUGGCGAGGAGAAUCAGAGGCGAGAGAGCUUAAAGGGAGAGAGAGAUUGAAGUAGAGAGGAUUUGGAAUCAAAUCGUUUCUUUUGUUAUGUCUAUUGUAUUUGUAUAUCUUUCGUGCUUCGUUUUCCCUAAUUUCGUGUUCUAGAGUAUGGAUUAGGUCUUUGCGUUUAUCUUGUUCGAUGAAAUGCCUCAAUGGAUCUUAAUCAAUGUUUUUAAUCUUAAUUUUUGUUUU